AAGGAGUAACAGUCAAAUAAAUCAAAAUGCGUUUUCCAAUUUAUAACAAGUUCCAAAAUUCUGUUUUUUUUUUUUAAUUUUUUUUAUUUACAAGUUCCAAAAUUUGUUGAAAUCCCCUGAACAAUUUAUAAGCUACUCCGUAUUUAGUGUUCAUCAUAUUGUUGGUUGAUUCUCUCUCCUCCUACUCACUCUCCCCAAAAUACUAUCACUGCUUCGCCGCCACUCACCACCCCUUUUCAGAGUGGCUGAAAAAAACCCAGAAGUCCAUGUCUUCAAAUGGCAGGUCAAAUGGCCUAGAAGAAUCAUUCAUGGCGGAAGUUGAUAAGUUUUUUGACACUGCGCCUCCUCUCAAAGAUCGUUUGGUCAUAAGCCAAAAGUUAAAGGAAUUUAUUGUGCACAACUCUCUUGCAUCCGGAAAUGAAGCCUCUAAGAGAAAGAUUGUAUGUAUAACCUCUGGUGGCACGACUGUUCCCCUUGAGCAAAGAUGUGUUCGUUAUAUUGAUAACUUCAGUUCAGGCUAUCGAGGAGCUGCAUCUACAGAGUACUUUCUCAAGGCUGGAUAUGCUGUUAUCUUUCUCAACCGGAGAGGAACCUGCCAACCAUACUGUAGAUCUCUUCCUGAUGACCCGUUGCUUGAAUGUUUUGAAUCAACUAAUGAAUCAGUCCAAGUGCAGCGAUCACAUGCUGAGGCAUUAAGGAAGGCAAUCUCCAAUCACCAUGCAGCGGUAGAAGCUGGGGUCUUGUUAAAGCUUCAGUUCACUACCAUUUUUGAGUAUCUCCAGCUGCUGCAGAUGAUUGCGGGUGCACUCAGGGAUCUUGGGCCACGUGUUAUGUUCUAUCUUGCUGCUGCUGUCUCAGAUUUCUAUGUCCCUUGGGAGAGCAUGGUAGAACAUAAGAUUCAGUCUGCGGCAGGACCCCUGGAUUUGCGUCUUGCUCAAGUACCAAAGAUGCUCUCUGUACUUAGAAAGGACUGGGCUCCUCUGGCAUUUUUCAUAUCCUUUAAGUUAGAAACAGAUUCUCUGAUUCUUUUGGACAAAGCCUCUUCAGCACUUAGUAAGUACAAGAUGCAUGCUGUGGUAGCAAAUGAACUUGCUAAUCGCAAAGAAGAGGUCACUGUUGUCACUCCUCACGGGAAAACUUGUAUUCGGCGUGAGGCCUGGACUGACAUAGAGAUUCCACUAAUUGAACUUCUUGCAGAGAUGCAUUCUGCCCAUAUUGAGGGUACCUUGCAAAGUUAAGCAGCAUCAUAUCAAUGAUCAUUGAUAUAUAUGCUAAAUGCCGUCAAUUUUCAGCUUUCAAAUAAUGUAACAAUUUUUCCAUCUGGUCAUAAGCCAUGACCUUUGAAUAUUGUUGUUGUACCGGAAUAAUUCUGAUAGUCUUGUAAUGAAAGUGUUUAUCUAUGAACACGAUCCGUACUUUGUAA